ACACUCAAACUAGCCGUCUGAAUCGGAGACCUUCCGAAGUUGACUUUCUGCUGAGGAGGUGCUCUCAGUUUCUGCUGUGGAACAGUGGAAAGAUGGCCGGAAUUCAGGCAUCGGAAUCGAUUCAUCCUUUCAUUCCUAAAGAUCUCAUUCUACCGGAUUAUGUACCAAUCAUCCUCUCCCAAUCUACCAUUCUCGCUGUUUAUGGCUGCGCUUCCUUCCUAGUCGUCUCAUUCAUCUGGAUCCUCGCCGGGCGGUUUCCUAAAAUAUCKAAACUUGACAAAACUCUCAUGUGCUGGUGGGUUUUCACUGGCCUCACCCAUAUCAUCCUUGAGGGUUAUUUUGUUUUCACUCCAGAAUUUUUCAAGCAGAAGAAUCCCACUUACCUUGCAGAAGUUUGGAAAGAAUACAGCAAAGGUGACUCCAGAUACGUUGGAAGGGAUUCGGCGGUAGUUGCUGUUGAAGGAAUAACAGCUGUUCUGGAGGGUCCAGCUUGCCUUCUAGCUGCGUACGCUAUAGCCACAAGAAAGUCGUACAGUCACUUGCUUCAAAUAGCCAUCUCUCUCGGACAACUGUAUGGAACGGUUGUGUACUUCGUAACUUCUCUCUUAGACGGCGAUGACUUUGCUGCAAGCCCGCUUUACUACUAUGCUUAUUACAUCUUUGCAAAUUCAUUUUGGGUUUGGAUUCCUUCCCUCAUCGUGAUCCGAUCCUGGAAGACGAUAUGUGCAGCAGUACGCACACAAGAGCAGAAAAAGAGCAAAACCCGUUAAAACCGCUGCAUUGGCUCUGAAUGUWACUUCCUUGUUGUUAGAGAACUUAUGACUAUUCAUCAUUUAUAGUCAUUUAUUUUUGCUUGCUAAGGGAACAUGGCAGUUGAACUACUGAGUGCUCACUUCACCAAAAAUUAUUAGAUCUUAAUCUUGUUUCAUUUUAGCUGAGAAAACAAACAAGCUGAGUUUGUUGA